CUUUCUGCGGGGUUCCGCCGGGUUGUGUACGCGAUUCACUCAGUUGCCGGUAGGCUGUACAGCGAAGUACGUGCGAAAUCAGUCCACGAGAAACUACCGCCGCCAAAUCCGCGGUUGCCGUUGUUUUCGAGGAAUUCCCGGAAAUCGAGGCAUUUGAACGGACAUGGCUCCCGUAGUUGGCUACUGGGACGUCCGGGCCCUGGCGCAGUUCAUCCGCAACCUCCUCGUGUACAAGGGAGUCGAGUUCCAGGACAAGCAGUAUAAGUUCGGCCCGGCGCCCGACUUUGACCGCUCCGACUGGCUCAAGGAGAAGUUCACGCUGGGCCUCAAGUUCCCCAAUCUGCCGUACUACAUCGACGGCAACGUCAAGAUCACCCAGAGCUUGGCCAUCCUGCGCUACCUGGGAAGGAAGCACGACUUGGCUGGCAGGAACGAGGAGGAGACCCUCGAGCUGGACGUGCUCGAGCAGCAGGCCCGAGACCUGUCCACGCGCCUGCUCACUUCCACGGCUCCGACCCCCAACUACGAAGAGGUGCUGAAGGCGUACGGGGACAACAUCGACAACGUGCUCAAGCCCUGGGAAGAGCACCUGGCCAGCCACAAGUGGGCCCUGGGAGACAGGCUCACGUACGUGGACUUCCUGCUCUACGAGGGGCUCGACUGGCACCGCGAGUUCAAGGGCGAGGCCGUGCAGCGGCACCCGCACAUCGUCGAGUACCUCAAGAAGUUCGAGGAGCUGCCUAACCUGAAGGAGUACUUCGCCUCGGACAAGUACCACAAGUACCCCAUCGUAGGCCCCCACCGCAAGUGGGGCUACAAGAAGUGAAUCAUCCUGCCAAGUGCUUGCUCCUCGUACUUGGGGCCACCUUUACCGCGCUUCUGCACGCCUCCGAAUAAUAAAGACCGGCUA